UGGAUAUCUUUGAAACAGAAAGAAGAUUACAAUCUGCUUUGGGUUUGUUUCUAGAAAGGAUUUUGGAACACAUUACAACCUCUUGGACUAAAAAUAUUGAUAUGGUUUUGGUCCCCGUUGAAGAGUACAAAACAUUGGAUACUAAAAAACCCAGCUCAGAACCACUAUAUCUACACUUUGAUUUCGACGCCGAUUUAUUGGAAACUGAUGAUAAAAUAGAAGAACAACUAAGACAAAUAUCUGAAGUCAUUAUCAAACAUUCCAACGGAAGUGGAACGAACUCAAACAUUACUGCAACACUUUUACCCAUUAGUCCUGAAAUUAUACCAACCACAACAGAAGCUUUUGCCCAAGCACAGACGCCUGCAAUAAACAACCUUCCUGUUUCUAUAACUUUUCGUCAAGAGUUAGAUAUUUCAUUUUCAAAAAAUAAUUAUCGGUGCAUUCAUGAAUGUAUCAAAAUAGGCAAAAAAAUAGUGUUUACUGAUCACUCUUAUAAAAAGAGAGUAAUUAUUUGUGAUGUAGAUGGUGCAAAUGUCCAGCUCUUUCCUCUUUCCUAUGCCCCGUGUUACAUUACAGAGGUAGAUACUAACACUGUUGCAGUAUCAUGUUCGUAUAACAAAAUAAUACUGAUAGUAAAUUUAACUACAGGUUCUAUCACCAGUACAAUCAAAACUAGUGAUUUCUGUUGGGGUAUUUCGUAUGAUGGUAAUAACCUGUACGCUUUGGUUGGUAAAUUACUGAAGGUUAUAAACAUGACAGGUAAUGUAAUACAUACUAUACUUUUACCUUCAGUUCGAACCUGCGGUAUUGCAAUACACAAAAACAGGUUGAUAUGUAUAGACAAAGCAGCAAUAUACUGCUGCUCUCUAGAUGGAAAACUAAUGUGGAAGUUUCAAAACGAUAAAUAUAGAAAUUUAUAUCAUGUGACAAUAGAUGAUGAUGACAAUAUUUAUGUAACUGAUAGGGACACGAGCACGGUAAUAGUAGUAUCUGCAGAUGGUCGACAUAAUAGAGAAAUUCUUACUCAAUCAGAUGGACUAUACAGACCGACCGGAAUUCAUUUUGACAAAAACGAAAAUGUUAUGCUCGUUUGCAAUGAAAAUAACAGAAAGGCAUUUCUUUUUGAUGUAAUCUAAUUGCUAUUUUUUCAUAUGCUUAUAUGAACUGCGUCGGAUUGAAAAACCUUAUACAAGUGCACGUAUACAUGUACAUGUAUAAGAUUUUGAUUGAUUUUGGAACAUUUAAAUACGAAAUAAAAGAUGAAUUUGGGUCUGUUUUGUAGGGUUCUAACAUCAACUCAAUUUGCAAACAGAGAUUUUUUUCAACCCGAAAUAAGUCAACAUAUGUAUUGAUAUUCAUUUGCAUAAGGUUGAUUUUUAUCCGACACAGCUCAUAUAUUAUUUGUUCUACGUACUCAAUUCAUAUAAAUGAAUUAACAAAUCAAUGAGGAAACGUAGAGGUCUUUUUAUUCGUUUUAUCUUUGCUUAGGCCAAAUUUUAAGCCGUCUUGCUGAUUAGUUUUAAAUGUAAUUAAAAAAAUACUUUUUAGAAUCCCGCAAUAAGUAAGGGCUCAUUCAUUUGAUUUUAGUUAUUUGUAUGCCUGAAAUCAAUCAUUGCUUUAAAAUAAAAACCUCCUGCACACAUACAGCAAUACACAUGCAAGAACUUUUUUUAAAAAUUAAGACCGUUUUUACUGAUUUCUAAAAGAUAGAAAAUCGUAUUCUUUCUUCCCUUCUAAAACAUAUUUUCUCAAAAUUUUAGAUAGAAAAAUUGAUUUUAAAAGUAUGUCCAACAUUAAAGACGAAGCAAAUGGCUGGCAGUUUCCCCUUAAACAUAUCUAAUAUAUAAUAAUUAGUAUAUAUAAAAAUAAUUAUAUAUAGUACUUUAUAUAUGAAAUCAGACAUAACCUUUGUCGAUAGACUUAUAAUUUUGAAUUAUGAAAAUACAUUUGUUUGGAGAAAACAAAAGAUCAUAUUAUCUGUUGUAUUUAUGUUAUAGCCUUUUUUUCUGGUCUACCCUUUCACAAUAAUUUAUAAACUUUUGUUGAUGUUCUUUUAAAAUUUUUAUCUUAAUUUCACCUUGACAACCUUGACAACAAAUGAGGCAACCAUUUCAAGUAGGAAUAAACUGUAAACACAGAGAUAUGUCUCGCCUUUUUGUACUUUUGAUAAUGCAAAUGUUGAAAUUAAAAUAGCAAUACUUUAA